AUGCACUUUACUACAAUUUUGUCUACCUUUGUAGCAGCUUCAGGCGUCCUAGCAGCCCCCACGUCGCUUGAACUCGAUGCUCGCGCUGUAGUCAAUCAUGACUCCCUCAACCCAAUCCGGACUCGUUUGCAAUUAGGAGCGAUUGGCCGAGCCAUCGAAAGGUUCCAGCCUCUGCUGCACAUCGCCCACGGUUGCCAGCCAUACACUGCCGUUGACGAUAAUGGUAAUACUAGUGGAGGUCUCCAGGACACUGGCAGUGUCGAUGGUGGAUGCCGCGACCCGAACAAGGGCCAAACCUAUGCCCGAGCUGCCUGGCACAGAGGCAAGUUUGCUAUCAUGUAUGCAUGGUACUGGCCCAAGGACCAGCCUAUCGCUGGGAAUGUUGCAGGCGGACACCGCCACGACUGGGAGAGCGUCGUCGUCUGGCUCGACAACCCGGCAAACGCCAACCCCCGAAUUCUCGGUGCUGCCGCAUCAGCUCAUGGCAAUUACCAGAGAAAUACGAGUCCACCUCUUCAGGGCAACAAUGUCAAAGUGGAAUACUUUACUAGAUUCCCCUUGAAUCACGCUCUGCAGUUUACGAACACGCCUGGCCGUACUUAUUGGAUCAGCGACUGGGAUGCUAUGCCCCAGGCUUCGCGCGCAGCUCUUACACCUGGUGGUCUCUUUGGAUCUGCGAACGUGCCUUUCAGGCACGAUAGCUUUUUUAGCAACCUAGACAAAGCCUUCGUCUAA